GGGCAAGGGUGACGCGAUUCUGUCCGCGUUGGAGGGGCUGGGCCGCGGCUAAAGUCGCCGCGGCCGCCGCGUGACGUGGCACAGCCGAAGCCUAAAGGCUAGAGCCGGAGCUGCCGCGCCAGUCGCCUAGCAGGUCGUCUACCGGCUAACUCCUGUCCAGGAGCUUCAUCGGCACAGCGGCCAGCGAGACGUUCCAGGCUGUUUCUUCCUCCGCUUUCUCUUCCCUCUGGUUUAUUUUGCUGGGAGCGCGAAAGGAGGAAGCACGGGGCCGUCCCAAACCCCUUUUGCUUCUGCCCAUCGCAAGUGCCACUACCACCAUGGGCCUCACUAUCUCCUCCCUUUUCUCCCGCCUCUUUGGCAAGAAGCAGAUGCGCAUUUUGAUGGUUGGAUUGGAUGCUGCUGGCAAGACAACCAUUCUGUAUAAACUGAAGUUAGGGGAGAUAGUCACCACCAUUCCUACCAUUGGUUUUAACGUGGAAACAGUAGAAUAUAAGAACAUUUGUUUCACAGUAUGGGAUGUUGGUGGUCAAGAUAGAAUUAGGCCUCUCUGGAAGCAUUACUUCCAGAAUACCCAGGGUCUUAUUUUUGUGGUAGAUAGCAAUGAUCGUGAAAGAAUUCAGGAAGUAGCAGAUGAGCUGCAGAAAAUGCUUCUGGUAGAUGAGUUGAGAGAUGCAGUGCUGCUGCUUUUUGCAAACAAACAGGAUUUGCCAAAUGCUAUGGCCAUCAGCGAAAUGACAGAUAAACUAGGUCUUCAGUCUCUUCGUAACAGAACAUGGUAUGUUCAAGCCACUUGUGCAACACAAGGAACUGGUCUGUAUGAAGGACUUGACUGGCUGUCAAAUGAGCUUUCAAAACGUUAAAUGAAACUGGAUAACUAACCAAGGACAUGUUUGAUAAAAUUGGUCUAGGCUUGUUACAACAAAUUAGUUUGUAUCUUGGUUAUUAAACAGUAUCUGGGACUGGUUUGGGCAGAACUUAUUUUGUUGCCAAUUAUUGUUUACCAAGUAUAAUGUUGCUAUUUAGCAAUGUUACUGGUUUUAAAAAAAUUCUCCUUGGGGAAAAAGUAUCCUCUUUCAAUUUUACUUCCCAUAAGCCUAAAUGCCUGGACAUAGCUAUUGUGAAACCCUUAAAUAAAUCUGUUUUGAGUGUUUUUUGAGCCCCAGACAAAUAAUAUUUUUAAGUUAUCCCCUUGCUACUUUACUGACACCUUUAUCAUUCCUGAGACAGUCUGCUAAUUUAAAAAUGUAGCAUUCCAUUUGUAUUUAUUUCUCUCCCUUGCCAAAAAAGAUUUUCUAAUACUGCCUGUACCAUCCAGGGAAAGAUCCAAAACACUAUUCAGCUCUCUUGCACUGAGGAAAUUUUUUCCCCCUGCAUUGACUCCUGGCCUACAUCAGCCAAACUUACUUUGGUGUAGUUUGGAUUUGAUAGCUAAUUAGUUCCGUGCUGGUUGCAAAUAAUUGACAUUUAGAUGGUUUUUAAUAUUCAGCAGAUUGUCUUCCUUUAUAUCAUGUCUUUUUUAUGUUGCAUGUUGCUUUUGUUAUCAGCCUGAUUUUUUGCUCAGUAUAUGAUAGUUCUGCUGAUGUUUUAUUAUUGGGCAGGCAUAUCUUCAUUAAGAGUUUUUGGAAGACUCGUCAAAUUCAAUGAAUACAUUUUCUUCAUAACCCAUUUGGAAUUAUUCCUAAUAAAAUGAUAAAAUACGU